CAAGAGGAGAAAUGGAGCAGAACCAGCUGGACCGAGAAACCUUGUCCUGUUCGAUCUGUCAGGAUCUACUGAAGGAUCCGGUGACUAUUCCCUGUGGACACAGCUACUGUAUGAAGUGUAUUAACUUCUGGGAUGAAGAGGAUCAGAAAGGAAUCCACAGCUGCCCUCAGUGCAGGGAGACCUUCACACCGAGGCCCGUUCUGAGUAAAAACACCAUGUUAGCAGCUUUAGUGGAGCAGCUGAAGAAGACUGGACUCCAAGCUGCUCCUGCUGAUCUCUGCUAUGCUGGACCUGAAGAUGUGGCCUGUGAUUCCUGCUCUGGAAGAAAACUGAAAGCCAUCAAGUCCUGUUUAGUCUGUCUGGCCUCUUUCUGUGAGAAACACCUUCAGCCUCAUUAUGAUUCAGCUGCAUUUAAGAAACACAAGCUGGUGGAGCCCUCCAAGAACCUCCAGGAGAACAUCUGCUCUCGUCAUGAUGAGGUGAUGAAGAGGUUCUGUUGUACUGAUCAGAAGUGUAUCUGUUAUCUCUGUUCUGUGGAUGAAAAUAAAGGCCACGACACAGUGUCGGCUGCAGCAGAAAGGACUGAGAGGCAGAGAGAGCUGGAGGUGAGACGAGAAAACAUCCAGCAGGGAAUCCAGGACAGAGAGAAAGAUGUGAAGCUGCUUCAACAGGAGCUGGAGGCCAUCAAGCACUCUGCUGAUAAAACAGUGGAGGACAGUGAGAAGAUCUUCACUCAGCUGAUCCGUCUCAUCCAGAAAAGAAGCUCUGAUGUGAAGCAGCAGAUCAGAUCCCAGCAGGAAACUGAAGGGAGUCGAGUCAAAGAGCUUCAGGAGAAGCUGGAGCAGGAGAUCACUGAGCUGAAGAGGAAAGACGCUGAGCUGAAGCAGCUCUCAGACACAGAGGAUCACAACCAGUUUCUCCACAACUACCCCUCACUGUCAGCACUCAGUGAAUCUACACACUCAUCCAGCAUCAAGAUCCGUCCUCUGAGCUACUUUGAGGAUGUGACAGCAGCUGUGUCAGAGCUCAGAGAUCAACUACAGGACAUCCUGAGAGACGCAUGGACAAACAUCUCACUGAGACUCACUGAGGUGGAUGUUUUACUGUCAGAACCAGAACCAAAGAGCAGAGCUGGAUUCUUGAGAUAUUCAUGUGAAAUCACACUGGAUCCAAACACAGCAUACAGUCGUCUGUUACUAUCAGAGGGGAACAGGAAGGUGACAUUGAUGGAUCAACCUCAGUCUUAUUCUAGUAUUCCAGACAGAUUUACUAAGUGCCAUCAAGUCCUGAGUAGAGAGAGUCUGACUGGACGUUGUUACUGGGAGGUGGAGAGGAUAGGGAAAGCUUCUGUAGCAGUCGCAUACAAGAACAUCAGCAGAGGAGUGAACUGGAAAGUAAGUGGACUUGGACGUUCUGACAAAUCUUGGGGAUUAGCAUGUUCCCCAGACAGUUAUCAUUUUAUUCACAACAGCAUCUGGACCUCCAUCUCAGGUCCUUGUUCCUCCAGAGUAGGAGUGUACCUGGAUCACAGAGCAGGUAUUCUGUCCUUCUACAGCGUCUCUGAAACCAUGACUCUUCUCCACAGAGUCCAGACCACCUUCACUCAGCCGCUACAUGCUGGGGUUUGGCUGGAUUACAAUUCUAGUGCUACGAUUUGUAAACUCAAAUAGACAAACAACAAAAGCAAAAACAGGAUAUUCACCUAAGUAAAACUUGUGAAUGAUGGAUAACAUACUGUUUUAAUCUAAUUAGAUUCUGAUAUAAAAUAGUGAACUGAACAGCGACCAUCUUUUUGUUUUAACAAGUAAGAUGCCAUGUUGCUUUACCUCCCCCUAAGGGAACUAUGCAUUGUUACAUGACAGAGUCCAGGAACUUUUUGCAUUUAGAGGUUAAAUAGAUGAGCUUCUGACAACUGAUACCGUUGACUUCU